UGUAAAAUCUGAACCACACUGGUUGUGUUCAAAUCUUCAGCUCUCAUUAACACUCUGCUUAAGGGUUUGUAGAUGAGAAAUGACUUAAGGGUCUGUUUGGUUAGGGACAUAGCCUGUUGCUAGUGCGUUUUGAGUCUGAAACCACAAUAAAGAGAUAGGUUUUGUGGGUCUUGUCUCUGAUUUGUAUUAAAUGUGUUUGGUGGGGUUUUCUAAGGCUUUAAGGUUGUCCUGUUGUUUCAAAAUGGUUAAAAAUCAAAUUUUUUACCCAUGCAUUUGCUUUUAAGGUUUCACUAUAGUGUGUGUAUAAUAUAUAAUUGUACUGGUAAAUACAGAUUUGUUUGGUUAUUUCAAUGUUUCUUUUCAGAGAGAUGGAUUUUUAUUCUGCAUUAGUCAUGUGUUUUUUGCAGAGAUUAUGUGGGUGCAAUCUUUUAUUAUAUAUAUAUAUAUAUAUUUUUCCCUGUAGCAGCACAUUUUGACUAAAAAGUCCCACAGAUUAAAAUAUAGCAUUUUCCAUUUUCUGAGCAUGAACCAUGAAGUCUUCACAACUCUUGCUGAAUAUUUUAAUGCAGGAUCCAUUGUAUUACUAUAUGCAUGUAUAUGUUAUAGAUCUCUCUUUUGUUAAAUAGAUAUUUUAUGAGGGAAACAUCCUUUUACUUUGAGUUUUUUUCAAUAUAGUUUCUUCACAUAAAGCAAGUCCUAUUUGGAGAAUAUUUCAUAAAGAAGCUUGUGGCCCUCCAUUAACGGUCCUUGAUCCAAAUGGAGACUGUGAGGCCAGUGAUUGUUGCUCCCAAGGGUAAAUUCAGACGCACGUUUGCUAAAGUUCUCAACAUCCAUAAGCUAACAGGUGUUGCUCCAGAAGAGGAAAUGAAGAAGACAAACAAUGUUAAGUUGUCUGAGUCUUUCUACAAGCUUGAGGAAGAGUAUGAGAGAACUCUGACAUUAGAAGCUCUUCUUGCUAAGCUUUUUGCUACGGUCUCUUCCAUCAAAGCUGGUUACGCGCAGCUACAGCAUUCUCAGUCUCCAUAUGACGCAAUUGGGAUUCAGAAAGCAGACAACUUGGUGGUCUCCGAGCUGAAGACUUUGUCUGAGCUAAAACAAUGUUUCUUAAAGAAACAAAUCGAUCCGAAUCCAGAAAGGACUCUAGUUCUGGCUGAGAUUCAAGAGCUGAGGAGUUUACUGAAGACGUAUGAGAUAAUGGGGAAGAAGCUUGAGUCUCAGUACAAGCUCAAAGACUCUGAAACUCUGUUUCUGAGAGAGAAGCUUGAGGAUCUGACGAAACAGAACAAGUUGACAGAGAAGAGACUUGACCAAAGCGGACAACUUUGCAAUCCUUUAGAGAAUCUUCACCUCUCUGCGCUGAAUCCAACGCACUUCGUUGCUUAUCUGCAACACACAGUCAAAUCCACGAGAGGAUUCGUCAGGCUUAUGAUAGAACAGAUGAAGCUCGCUAAAUGGGAUAUCUCAAUGGCUGUGAACUCAAUCCAGCCCGGUGUGUUUUAUUACAAGCAAGACCACAAGUGUUUCGCUUUCGAACACUUUGUGUCCAACGUAAUGUUCGAAGCUUUCCAUCUACCAUACUUCUCAACCGCAAGAAGCUUCAAGAAGAUGGAGAAACAGAGCAAAACAGAGGAGAAACAGAGCAGAACAGAGGAGAGGGAAGUGUUUUUUGAGAGGUUUACAGAGCUCAAGUCGAUGAAAGCUAAAGAUUACUUGAAAGCAAGGCCUAAAUCAAGAUUCGCUAGGUUCUGCAGGAUCAAGUUCUUGCAGCUCAUACAUCCCAAGAUGGAGGAAGCUCUCUUCGGACAUCUGCAUUUGAGGAACCAGGUCUCUGCUGGUGAGUUCCCUGAGACGAGCUUGUGCUCUGGGUUUCUUGAAAUGGCGAAAAGGGUUUGGCUUCUGCAUUGCUUGGCUUUCUCUUUUGAGCGUGAAGCUGAGAUCUUUCGAGUGCCCAAAGGUUGUAGAUUCUCUGAAGUGUAUAUGAGAAGUGUUGCAGAGGAAGGGUUGGAGGAGGCAGAGCCACGUGUUGCGUUCACGGUGGUUCCAGGGUUUAAGAUUGGUAAAACUUCGAUACAAUGUGAGGUCUAUCUCUCGGACGGUGGUGGUCCUCAAGGGUGAUUUGAUAAUUUCGGAAAGUUAUGGGGUUAAUUUGGAAGAUAGGAAAAGUUGUGGGCCUUUUGGUUGAAGUAGCGAAGUAGUGUGGUGUUGUUGUAAUGUUUUCUGUGUCUUUUGAGUUUUUGUCGAUAUUAGUUCAGAGAAACACAGAGGUAUCUCUUAGCUGUUGUCCAUUGAAUAUUUAUCUACUUUUCUAUAUAAUAUGUAAAUAUUUUAUUAUUUAUAUAAGUAUUGUUUAGCUUUUUA